UUACUUUUUCACACAUUUUUCAAAUUUGUUGUCUAUUUUUGUUGUCGUUUUUGAAUGAAAUGUGUUUUAACGGCAUUUACUGUUAAAAAAUUGAAUUAAUUAAGUGGUAAUUGUGUUGAUUGUAUCGGUCAAUGAGUGUCCGCAAAAUGUAUGGUUCAAGACGUCCGCCGACGACCACUACUCGAUCGCCAUACGAGUCGUCGACAACUAGUUUUCGGUCACAACUGAGCCAAUUGGCGGCCAAUCAGAGCGCCAAUCAAUCGUUUGACACUUCGCUCAACAGUUCAUCAUAUAUGAGACAAUUCAAUGUAUUGGACACAUCGGUCAACAUUUCAGCCAAUAAUCGGUUCAAUCAGUCACUGCAGUUGUCCAGUCAAACAACAACUUCACAUUUACUUAAAUCCUACCAAACAUUACUACCUGUGCUCGUCAUUGAGGCCAUCUCUUCGGAUGUGUUUUCGUUGGGAUCACUGAGUGUGAAGAUGUCUCCUGAGGGCUGGGCAUGGCUUGUAUGCGGUCGACGACUAUUUGUCUGGAAAUACAAACAGGACGACAGUAGCAGAAGCUGUAGUUGCUAUGAACUUCAAUUACCACCGAGUGAUUUGUCACACAAUGCAGAUCUAGUGUGUGUUUUGGACAGAACUCAAAAGUCACAGUCGAUUCCCUCUACCAUUGCUGUCACUCCCGAAGGAAUUGUUAGAUAUUGGCCUAACAUUGCAUAUGAAGAACACUCUAUAGAGACGACAGCCAUUGACCUGCAGGGACAGGAAUGUAUAUCGCUUACAGACAUUGAACCAUACGGUUACAUAUUAGGCACAACCACCAGUUCCUUAGUUCAUAUAACAGUUAAUGUAAUUGAUGGUCAAAACACAAUCAAUUGUAGGUUAUUGAAAGUACCACAAGGAGUGUUAGCUGGCUUUGGGCGUAAGGUCUCAUCGCUAUUGUUUGGCUCAAUGCCGGCCACACUAUCAUCAGAAACAAAACAAUUGUUUAAAGUGGUUCGCAGUCAUUCAUCAAAUUUAUCGGAUGAGCACUACAUUUGGGUGCUCUCCAGUGUUUCCGCACAGAAAUGGCAUAUAAUUGAUGACAACACAGAAAGACUAAUUGUGGACAUGGACUUAGAGAGACCCGUCAAAGACUCAUUUCUCGACAAAGUUUGGAACCGGGAGACCACUCAUCCAAACCAAUUGAAGAUAUGGCUCAUCGAUAUUGGAUUUACUAAAUCUGAUGAAUUGGUUUUAUUAGUGGCCGGACUUAAUGCCGAAGUCUCGAACCAACUAUAUUAUGCUGUCAUUACAUUUAGUGAUCUAAAUAUCAGACCCGAGACCAACAUAUUAUUUAAUUCAUUUACUGUUUUACGUAAUCACACGGUUUGCUAUACAGAAGAGGAUGAGGAACACCUUCUUAAUCUUCAUCUGCUGUCCGGAGCAUUCAAUAACCAAUGGGUUUAUAUCUAUAGUAAUACACAAAUGUUAUGUCUUAAACUCGGAAGCGAUAAUAUAGAUCUAAUUGAUUUCAAUUCACGAGACGACGGUAUUUUAGGAGCUGGUAUUUGUGAUGGAUUUCCUUUGUUGUUCACCCAUAAAGAUGCUCUCCUAUCGAUUAUUCCUCCCAAACCAGAUAUAAGUGAUGUAAUGGAUGUGCAAACCAUUGAUGAGGAUAUACUACCAACGGAUGAUAGCAUUCAUUCGAUGGCGCAAAGUCAGUACAUGCCUUCAGCGACAGAUUCUGUAGAAAACAAUGCUCUCAACGACGAUAACGUUGGAGUCAUGAUCUCUAAUGAUGUGCUGCAAACAGAUCAACGUUUGGCCGAAACCGAUGCACUCAAUCAAACUACCGGCGAAACCAACUUCAUUGAGAAUGAGCCGCAACUCAAAUGGUUACAUGAGAUCCAUUUGGACCGUUUCGAUGAGGCCUCGGAAACGCUGAAAAACUUAGCGCUCGACGAGAAAAACAUGAGUCGCAAGAAAACAUUGCUAAGCUUAAGCAAACUGUCGGCACUGGCAGCUGGUCUAACCGUUCCCGACGAGAUUGACAUGCAAUUAGAACUUAUUCUUCAUCAGGAAUGUCUGCCACAAGAAAUUAAAUCCAAUAACCAAUUGGAUAUCAACUCUAUAGAUGAAGUGCCACAAGAAUUAAUUGAAAUCUAUUCGAGCGAAACAAACGCUGAAUUGGUUUCAAUGUAAUUGUUUUUGUUAUAUAUAUUUUUUUGCACACAAUUAUUGAUUAAUGCGAU